AACAGAGAAAAAAAAGCAUUAUUAUGAAAUGUGAGAGAAAUAAAACAAAUACAGUUGUGAACGAUAUGCAUACAUUCACAAAACAAAAGCUUUCGGUGGUCAUUAGUGCAUAUUCCCAGAAUUCUGUCUGAAGGUCAAGAUUUCAGCUUCCUUCUCCAGACAUGUCUGUACGGGGCACAAACACUCUGGUUUGUUUUGGCAAUGAUUCCCUUUUCUCUGGAAGAGCACGGUCCUACACUGACAGGGAGAGGCUUGUAUCACAAAACACAUUGCAUGAUGUCAUGAUUCAUUGUCUUCAGAGAAACCCACAACAAAACUACACUUUUAAAAAUCUUAGAUAGUUGCUUCUUGCUUCUCGACACAAAGACGGCCGUACUCAUCUUACUUGUUGGGAACAAAUAUGUGAGGAAGUAGUAAGGUAUAAAUAAAUCAUUUAUGUCCUUUAGAGCGGGACGCAUGCUGUGCCUCAUUACUGUGCGUGUCACACGUGUACUUUGAGCUUUAGAUAAUGCUUCUGUGGUUUUAAAGACGGGUCACAGUGAUAUAACAAAACUCCUUGAUUUGACUAGUUUACAUCUAUACAAUUAGAUUCUUCACAGGGAAAUAUUAUGUUAGCAUCAAAAGGUAUACAGAAUUUGAAAUUGUAAGAGAUUAAAACAGCUGAUAUUUGUGGCGAUACAGUCUGUUCACACAAACCUUUGAAUAAGUCUAAGAGCAACAACAUGGCAAAUGAUAUUAUGUAAAGGUAACUUAAACACCCCAAGACUUAUUACAGUAACAUUUUAAUAACAGUUUAGCUGUUAUUGAUGCACAUUUUGAAAAGAAACUAAAGACAAUGUAUGAUUUCAAGGCCUAUAGGUUUUAUUCAUAGCAAAACCGACAACUAAAUUCAUGUAAAUGUAUAAUUUUGACUGCAGUCUUAUCAAAAAUAAUGCAUAUAGAAUGUAGAAUUUUGGACAUAUGACAGUCCACUUUGAAUAACAUCAUAAAAGCACAUCAUGCAGUUUGAUGCUACUUCUGUCUUAUACGCAGAGUAUGUGUUAGUAUACAUAUCUUUGACUACAUACAAGUUGUACUUAAAAAGCAUGCACAGAGGUACGGAGAACUCGAAAAUAGGGACUUGAGAAAUUACAGUAUGUUGAAAAGACCUGCUUCAAUUAUAUUAUCUGUAACAUUUUAAAAUCAAGUAUAUUGUUUUAAUUUUGUCCUUGUAAAUAUAUCUGCCUCUUAACUGCAGUCAUGAUCUUUUUAUUUUUCUCACUCUGAAAUUUGUCGCUUAACACUUCUCUUUGCAAUUUUUAAUUAGGAUGCACUGAUGCUGUGCACUAUGGAAUAAGUAGUUUUGAAUUAGCACUAAUCCAAUUACAGAAACAUUUAUUUUCUGUUAAUAAAAACCUCUUAACUGAUCCCAUUUCUGUCUUCACAUACAAAUACAGAAAACCUAACGGUCAAAGGUCUUCACUAAUAUCUGUCUUGUGAGUAAAUAAGACACUAAUGUGCUAUGUUUUACACAAAAUCUGAUAGGAAUUGUAAAUUGUAUUGGCAGUAAAUACCAUAAUAAACCCUGAGGUGCAUUUAUGUAAGGCUUGAAUAACAUUCAAAAUCCGAUCAGGCAUACAUACAGUAGUAGUACAUCAAAAUUAGGUUGGAAUAUUACCUCCGGCUGGAAUCAGAAAUCCUGCUUUUUAAAUUAAUUUAAGGUUUUUUCCACCUUAAGCGUACUUUAAUACGAUACCAAUUUAUACGAUGAUCAUUCAGUGUGUUAGUGUGUCUGAAAGAGGCAUUGAUCCUGACUCCAGGUGGCUUUACUCUCCCCUAACGGUGAGUACACCGCUGCAGCUGCGAAUGAGAGAAAUUAUGCUGCAAUUCCCGCACCAUGUAACACUGCAUCCCCUUCUCCAUCAUCUCCAUCUCCUGAUGCCAGUCUGAGCCCCCCCUCCGUGACUUUCUGUUUGCAGUUUGGUGACGUAGAGAGACAGGAGGACAGAGAGAGAGGGAGAAAGAGAAGGAGAGAGAGGGAGGGAGAGAUGCCGAGAUGGAUUGAUAGACAAAUGCAGAGAGGGCGGAACUUGGAAUUACAGUACACUGCUUAUUCCUCACGUAUUUUGCCAUCUUGUGAUGAUGAUGAUGCUCGCAGGUGCCGGACAUGAGUAAAUCAAGGUCUCUGGCUCGAUAAGAAGGAAACACAAGGAUACUUCACUUAUCAGAGCUGUGCGCUGCGCUCACACCGGACUUAUUUGUUUUGAUACCGCCAGACUUUAUUUAUUUUUUAGUUGCGUAAAAAGGCGCAGCAAAGUAUCGCCCCCCUUCCAAACAGCACUGGAGAUUAGUCAUUUUUCCAGGGGGGAGUGAGCUGAAAACUUGGUGUUUUAGGGCUCUCACUACUGCUGCUGCUUUUUAUUUUUUCUUGCCAUGAGAAACAUGAAGGAAGAUGAUCUUUGAUGGACAUGAAGGUGUCAGGAGCUGGCCGAACCCCUUCGUAAUUGUUGUGCUUAAAGUCCGAGACAACACAUCUUUUAUUUCCAAUAAAGAGCACGCAGUUUGAGAAGAAGAAGACAAUCCCGAGAUCAAAACCUCUACCCCCGAAAAACGGGAUGCUUUUCCAGAACUGACAGACUUGAUUUGCUCGUAAUUCCUGCAUGAGAAGCACCGUGGAAAGUGACGGUCACUAUGCCGAGGAGAAAGCAGCAAGAUCCGCGGCGAGCAGCAGCGUACGCGCCCGAAGACGAGAAUAAGCCAGGCGAACACAUCGAAGAAGAGCACCUGCAGGACGACGGCCUCUCAUUAGACGGCCAGGACAAUGAGUUUCUGUGCAACGAGGAAGAAGAAGAUGUGGAUGGAGGCCAGCCACCUAGCUACAGAGACUCUCCGCUCAGCAAUGGCACUAACCCUGAUGCUGGAUACGGGUCCCCGCUCAGCGACACCAGCGACCGGCUGACAGACUUUAAGAGCACCUCUUCCAGGGACGGUCAGGAGAGGGAAGUCACGACUUUACCCAUCCGCCCCGACAACGGCCUGUCUUUCCAGGAUAGCCUGGCACAGAUGAAAGCCGUCUAUGCAAACCUCAUCUCAGAUGCCUCUUGGUCUAGCAUCACAAUGGACUUAAUGAAAUCUAAGCCUGCUGCAGCCGGCAGUGUCAAUAGUGCCAUCACUACUACGGAGCCUGCCCCUUCUGUCUCCUUAACCACGACCACAAACAAGAGCAGCGGGGUCAACAUGACUAGCAGUCACCAUAAUGGCAGGAGCUCCAACGCUACUGUGAACCACACAGGCAGCGCAAGUGGCAACACUAAUGGCACAGCGUCUAGCUCUGUUAGCAGCAACAGUGCACACAGUGGUGGGGCAAGCAAUGGUAGCGGUGUGGCCUACGACUGGCACCAGGCAGCGCUUGCCAAAACUUUUCAACAGAACCCCUACCACCUUUUGCCAGAGCCCAGCCUCUUCAGCACAGUGCAGCUCUACCGGCAGAACAACAAACUGUAUGGUUCUGUUUUCACUGGUGCAAGCAAGUUCCGUUGCAAAGACUGCAGCGGUGCCUAUGACACACUGGUGGGUUUAACAGUCCACAUGAAUGAGACGGGCCACUAUCGAGAUGACAACAAGGACAAAGAGGAGGAUCAGGGAAAGCGCUGGUCCAAACCACGUAAGCGCUCCCUGAUGGAGAUGGAGGGAAAAGAAGAUGCUCAAAAGGUGCUGAAGUGCAUGUACUGUGGCCACUCGUUUGAGUCUCUUCAAGAUCUCAGUGUUCAUAUGAUCAAGACCAAGCAUUACCAGAAAGUGCCUCUCAAAGAACCGAUGCCAGCCUUGGCCACAAAGCUGAUGUCUUCUUCAGCUAAAAAACGAGCUCUCCAUGAUGCUAUAGUGUCCCCAUGCUCGCCAGACUCUAUCCAUGCUAGUAGUGUUGGUGGUGGUAGUGUAUCUCUUGGGGAUGUUGGCACAAAAUCCGCAGGUAACCCCUACGUUACGCCAAACAACCGCUACGGCUACCAGAAUGGUGCCAGCUACACAUGGCAGUUCGAAGCUCGUAAAGCCCAGAUCCUCAAAUGCAUGGAGUGCGGGAGCUCUCAUGAUACACUCCAACAGCUGACUGCCCACAUGAUGGUUACUGGUCACUUUUUGAAGGUUACAAAUGCUGCAUCCAAAAAGGGCAAACAGCUGGUUUUUGAUCCGGUGGUGGAAGAGAAGAUUCAGUCUAUCCCACUGCCACCGACCACCACCAGACUCCCUGUUCCCAGUGGGGUAAAGUCCCAGCCAGUGUCCCCUGCCCUCUCUACAUGCUCAGAGGAAAAGAGAGAAGGAGGCGAGGAUGAAAGGUCUGAAGGUGGGGAGCCAAUGGAGAGAAAAAUCAAGGAGGAGAGAGAUGACUCAGUUGAGAAAUCUAACAAUGACGGCACAUCUUAUAAAUACCUUAGAGAAGAAGAUCUAGAGGAGGCGCCAAAAGGGGGUUUAGAUAUUCUUAAAUCCCUUGAGAACACAGUAUCCAGUGCCAUCAGCAAGGCCCAGACAGGCACGCCCACAUGGGGGGGCUACCCUAGCAUUCAUGCAGCAUACCAGCUGCAUGGCAUGAAGAACUCUUCUACCAUUCUACCUCCAAUGGUCCAGAGUAUGCAGAUGCAGCCAAUGUUCGCAGGUGGGCUACGAGGCCUUGUGAUUAACCCAAACUCAAUCAUCCACUCGCCUCGGAGCCCUUCCUCCCCUACCCCCCUCAGGAGCAAUGUCAGUGCCAUGGAGGAGCUUGUAGAAAAAGUGACAGGGAAAGCUUCCAAUGUGAAGAAGGAAAAGGAGGAGAAGAUGGUGAGCAUUGAACGAUGCCGGCCCCCAUCGUUAGUCAAAUCCCCCUCUCCUGCACUGAGAGAGCAGAGAGAACAAUUAACAUCUCCAAAUGACCUAUCUGUAGGUAAACCAUCGGGUAUGAGAAGUAGCAGCCCAGGAAGUGUAGACUCAGAGCUCAUCUGCAAGAAGGAGCCCAAAGAGAGCCUAGUCGACGGCCACAACAACCAUUCGAAGAAUGGCUCAGAGAUGUGCCAAUCCCCAGUAACUAAUGGCAACUGUCUUGGCAUCAUCACCGAUCACUCACUGGAAAGUCCCUUCAUCAACCCUCUCAGUGCACUCCAGUCAAUCAUGAACACACACCUGGGUAAAGCCUCCAAACCAGUAAGCCCAGCUGGAGACCCACUAUCUAUGCUUUACAAAAUCAGCAACAGCAUGAUGGAUAAGCCAGCGUUCAAAACAACUCCUCAGGGCAAACCCACUGAGCCCAUCAACCACUAUCCGCUGUAUGAGAGCAGUGACCAGCCCAUUGACCUGAGUAAAAGUAAGGCCACCAGUAACAGCAACAAUAAUAACAACAACAACAACAACAACAGCAGCAGCGGGCUCUUGACCAACAGUAGUGUAAAUGGUAACAAACCCCUAAUUUCCCUCCCUGACUCAGUCUCCUCUCCUCUGAGAGAGAAUGCUCUGAUGGACAUUUCCGACAUGGUAAAGAACCUCACGGGGAGACUGACGCCCAAAUCUUCAACCCCUUCCUCCAUCUCAGAGAAGUCAGAUGCAGACGGCAGUGCUUUUGAGGACGCCCUAGAGGACCUCUCCCCAGUGCAGAAGAGGAAAGGAAGGCAAUCCAACUGGAAUCCCCAGCACCUCCUCAUCCUCCAGGCACAGUUUGUGUCCAGCCUAAGGGAGACCUCAGAGGGCCGCUUCGCCAUGACUGACCUAGGCCCUCAGGAAAGGGUCCACAUCUGUAAGUUCACAGGCCUCUCCAUGACCACCAUAUCCCAUUGGCUGGCUAACGUCAAGUACCAGCUGAGACGGACUGGGGGCACCAAGUUUCUCAAGAACAUGGACUCAUGCCAGCCUGUGUUCCUCUGUGGUGACUGUGCCUCCCAGUACAGGACUCCCUCCGCCUACAUCGGCCACCUGGAGACUCACCUGGGCUUCAGCUUGAAGGACCUGUCCAAACUGUCAACGGAGCACCUUCGGGAGCAGCAGGCUGCCUCAAAGGUGAUCACAGACAAAAUGACAUUCGGCAGGCCCCUGUCAGCAUUGACCACGGCAGAGGACGAAACAAGCUCCGUGUAUCAGUGCAGACUUUGCAAUCGGACAUUCGUCAGCAAACACGCAGUCAAACUGCAUCUCAGCAAGACCCACGGCAAGUCUCCAGAGGACCACCUGGUGUUUGUCACUGCUUUGGAGAAACUGGAGAAGAUGGAGAAGGUUUAAGCGGGGUCUUGUGCUGAGAGCAGUAGAGACUGACAGCUGUGGAACUGACUAGAAUUUCAUUGCACUAAAAUGACUUUAUUCACAGUUACUGCACUGGGCCGAACUGAGCCGCCAGAAAGAUAUCGAUCUUAUUAUUUCUUUUUUUGUGAUAACUGCCUGACUGGACCAUGUCUUUUCAUGUUGAUUUGUUUUUGUUUUGCCAAGCUUUUUUACACUUAUUUUGUAAUAUAUUUAUAUGCUAUUUGUCUGAUCUGUGCAUGUAUUUGAGUGAAUCAAGGUUAAACACAAGAUUUUAAUCUUUUCAUGGCAAAAAUACAACUACUGCUUCAAUUGUAAAAGUGGUGAGCGGAAAGAGAAUUUGUGGAAGAGAAAACUGUAUAAUACUUGAUAUGAAGAAGGUGAAAAUUAAAUGUAUACACCAAAAGAAUGAAAGAAUACCCGGAGAGACUGAAGUAGCACCUUAGACAGUUGAAAUUUGAAUUUGUAAAGAGAACAUGUUUUGAAAUAUCUUGCAUUUGUCAAAAUCAGAUUGAUUUAAAAAAGAUCAAGGAUUAUCAUUUCCUUCCCCUCUCCGUUUUUGGUUCCUGUCACUGCAAUGUUUCUGAUGAUGAAUGGCCUGCUCAUAAAUCUGUCAGUGUAUUAGAAAAAGAUCAUGUGAACCUUUGGAAAAACUGAAAUGCUGCUUCUGGUUACGAGUCAAUCAGUGAAAAAUGAAUGGCCGUCAGUAUGCAAGAUUGCUCAAAAAACUUUUCCUUGUUGUGAAGUAUCACCCUAUAGCAAUUUUCCAGUUGUAUGGUUUGUUACAACAUUCUCUUUCUAAAUUGUGUCGCUUUAUUCAACUGUAAAGAGAACAGUCCGUUACAUGUAGAUGAUUACUAGUGAAAUGUCAGUACUCCAUAAGACAUAUCUUACCAUUUGAAAACGGCUCAACAUUCUUUGUAUCUUAAGGUGUGUGCAUUCUCUAACUUUUAUAUUGUCAUUUUAUAUACAAAAAUGAUAAAAAAUAAAAACAGAUGGUGUAUAUAGAUAUAUGCUGUAGAGCUACAAAAAUGUCCUUUUUUAAAGAAAAAUACAAAUGUAGCUUCUUUGGCUUGGUUUACAGAAAUGAUUUUAAUUAUACUUGCAUCCAAUUUGAUGCAUGAACAUGGUGUGGAAAAUAAAUAAGCGAUGCACAAUGACUAUACAUUUCAAUGUUUUAUCGACAAUAUUGUAAAAAAAAAUACUUUUUAGCACCGAUUAGUUUGUUUCAUUUCUUUCUCAAUUGUAAAAUAAACCCCAAAGCAGUUGUUAACAGU